AUGACAAAAACAUCCUGUUCUAAAGAUGAAUGGAUUACAUUGAAUGUUGGUGGUAAAAUCUUUACCACUACUAGGAAUGUAAUGUGGAAAAGUAGUGUGGAUGANAAUGGAGCCUAUUUGAUAGAUAGAAGUGCUGUUUAUUUUGAACCGAUAUUAAAUUAUUUACGUCAUAAUUGUUUAAUAUUAGAUAAAAAUAUUAAUCCAUAUGGUGUGUUAGAAGAAGCUCAGUUUUUUGGUUUAACAUCUUUAAUAGACCAAUUAGAAGAAAUAAUAGUGACCAGUGAGCCAGCGAAUGAUGAUACAGCUAUUUGUAGACGAGAAUUUAUAUUAAAGUUAUUAUCAACAUCUACUAGUACAGAACUACGCUGUCAGGGAAUGAACUUUACAGGUGCUAAUUUAUCAAAACUAGAUUUACGCAAUAUAAAUUUUAAAUAUGCUAUAUUGCAUAAAGCUAAUUUAUCAGGAGCUAAUUUAGCUUGUUGUAAUUUUGAAAGAGCAGAUUUAUCAAAAGCUAUUUUAGAUUCAGCCAAUUUUCUAGGCGUUAAAAUGUUGUGUGCUAAUUUAGAAGGCUCUUCAUUAAAAGGUUGUAAUUUCGAAGAUCCUGCUGGUAGCAGAGCAAAUAUGGAAGGAGCCCAUAUGAAAAGUGUUAAUUUAGAAGGCAGUCACAUGGCAGGUGUUAAUUUAAGGGUGGCUACAUUAAAAAAUGCCAAUCUACAAAAUUGUGAUUUACGAGGAGCAGUUCUAGCUGGGGCUGAUUUAGAGAAUUGUAAUCUAUCGGGAUGUGAUUUACAAGAAGCCAAUCUUCGUGGUGCCAAUCUAAAAGAUGCAGCCUUUGAAUUAAUGUUAAAUCCGGUACACAUGGCACAAGCUGUUUGA